UGCCGUGAAUAUAGCCACUGCUGCUGACAUGGCGUUAAAUCAUAAAUAAAUAAAUAAAUCUACUAUAUAUUGUUAUUUUUAAUCAACAUGUAAACUAAUGUGGCCUUAUGUUUCAAUUUUGCCAGAUCUACCUAGAAUUUUCCAUUGAAAGUGACUUGUCACCAUUGUAUUGCUUUGUUUGAAUCAUUUUUUAAUCAUUGUGUAAUGGCUGUUUCUCCAGUGAGUUUGAUUGGUGUGGAAGGUGGAAAUGCCACCCGUAUCAGCCGUUUUGCCAACUACCUGCGCAACCUGCUUCCCUCCAGUGACUCAGUGGUCAUGGAGAUGGCCUCUAAGGCCAUGGGUCACCUGUCCAUGGCGGGAGACACCUUCACUGCGGAGUAUGUGGAGUUUGAGGUGAAGAGAGCUCUAGAAUGGCUGGGAGCAGACAGGAAUGAGGGCAGACGCCAUGCAGCGGUGCUGGUUUUGCGAGAGCUCGCUGUUAGCGCACCUACAUUCUUCUUCCAGCAGGUGCAGCCAUUCUUUGAUAACAUUUUCUAUGCUGUGUGGGACUCCAAACAGGCGAUCCGUGAGGGUGCAGUAUCUGCACUCAGAGCCUGUCUGAUCCUCACCACCCAGAGAGAGACCAAAGAGAUGCAGAAGCCACAGUGGUACAAGCAAACGUUUGAGGAAGCCGAAAAGGGUUUUGAUGAGACUCUGGCUAAAGAGAAAGGCAUGAAUAAGGAUGACCGUGUCCAUGGAGCUCUACUGAUUCUCAAUGAACUGGUGCGAAUAAGCAGUAUGGAGGGAGAGCGUAUGAGAGAGGAAAUGGAGGAGAUUACACAGCAGCAGAUGGUUCAUGAUAAGUACUGCAAGGAGCUGAUGGGUUUCAGCACUAAACCUCGCCACAUCACACCCUUCACCAGCUUUCAGUCAGUGCAGCCGCAGCAGUCCAAUGCUCUGCUGGGGCUGCUGGGAUAUAGCAUACCACAAGGCUUCCUAAGUUUUGGAGCUGUACCUGUUCCCUCCAAAAGCACGCUGGUGGAGAGCCGGUACUGCAGAGAACUGAUGGAGGAGCGUUUUGACCAGGUGUGCCGUUGGGUGCUGAAAUACAGGACCAGUAAGAAUCCUCUCAUUCAGAUGACUAUCCUAAACCUACUGCCCCGACUUGCUGCCUUCCAGCCUCACACUUUCACUGAUCAGUAUUUACAGGACACUAUGGGGCACCUGCUGGGCUGCCUGAAGAAAGAAAAGGAGCGGACGGCAGCAUUUCAAGCAUUGGGGUUGCUGGUGGUUGCUGUGAGGGCUGAAAUUCAGCCCUACCUCAGCAAGAUCCUGGAGAUCAUCAAAGCUGCACUGCCACCUAAAGACUUUGCACACAAGAGGCAGAAGACCAUGCAGGUGGAUGCUACUGUGUUCACUUGUAUCAGUAUGCUGUCCAGAGCUAUGGGGCCUAGCAUUCAACAGGAUGUCAAAGAACUUCUCGAGCCCAUGUUAGCGGUUGGUCUCAGUCCUGCUCUGACUGCAGUGCUGUAUGACCUGAGCAGGCAGAUCCCACAGCUAAAGAAGGACAUUCAGGAUGGGCUGCUAAAAAUGCUUUCUCUUGUGCUCAUGCACAAGCCUCUGCGUCACCCCGGUAUGCCCAAGGGCCUGGCGUACCAGCUGGCGUCACCCAGCCUGACCAAUAUCCCCGAGGCUAGUGACGUGGGCAGCAUCACCCUGGCACUGCGUACUCUAGGCAGCUUUGAAUUUGAAGGUCAUUCGUUGACUCAGUUUGUGCGCCACUGUGCGGACCACUUCCUGAACAGUGAGCACAAGGAGAUCCGCAUGGAGGCAGCUCGCACCUGCUCACGUCUGCUCACCCCUUCCAUCCACCUGAUCAGCGGCCACGGACACGUGGUCAGUCAAACCGCUGUGCAGGUGGUGGCUGAUGUUCUCAGCAAGUUACUGGUGGUUGGGAUCACUGACCCAGACCCUGAUAUUCGAUACUGUGUGCUGGCCUCCCUGGAUGAGCGCUUUGAUGCCCACCUGGCACAAGCAGAGAACCUCCAAGCCCUGUUUGUGGCACUUAAUGAUGAAGUGUUUGAGAUCCGCGAACUGGCCAUCUGCACUAUUGGCCGUCUCAGCAGUAUGAACCCUGCAUUUGUUAUGCCUUUUCUGCGCAAGAUGCUCAUUCAGAUCCUUACCGAGUUGGAACAUAGUGGCGUGGGCCGAAACAAAGAACAGAGUGCCCGCAUGCUGGGUCACCUGGUGUCUAAUGCCCCCCGACUCAUCCGCCCCUACAUGGAGCCCAUUCUCAAGGCCCUAAUCUUGAAGCUGAAAGAUCCUGAUCCAAACCCUGGAGUCGUUAUCAGUGUUUUAGCUACUAUUGGAGAACUUGCUCAGGUGAGUGGACUGGAGAUGAGGAAAUGGAUGGAUGAGCUGUUCCCUAUUAUUAUGGACAUGCUGCAGGACUCGUCUUCAUUAGCUAAGCGACAGGUGGCACUCUGGACUCUUGGUCAAAAAGUAGCCAGUACUGGGUAUGUGGUGGAGCCAUACAGGAAGUAUCCAUCUCUACUGGAGGUGCUACUCAACUUCCUGAAGACAGAACAGAACCAGGGGAUUAGGAGAGAGGCCAUACGUGUGUUAGGUCUACUUGGAGCUUUGGAUCCCUACAAACACAAGGUGAACAUCGGUAUGAUUGACCAGUCUCGUGAUGCUUCGGCCGUCAGCCUCUCAGAGUCCAAGUCCAGCCAGGAUUCAGCUGACUACAGUACCAGUGAGAUGCUGGUCAACAUGGGCAACCUACCACUAGACGAGUUUUACCCGGCAGUUGCCAUAGUGACUCUGAUGCGCAUCCUGCGUGACCCGUCACUGUCCAAUCAUCACACCAUGGUAGUGCAGGCCGUCACCUUCAUUUUUAAAUCGCUUGGAUUGAAAUGUGUGCAGUUCCUGCCUCAAGUUAUGCCCACCUUUCUCAACGUCAUCAGAGUGUGUGAUGCCAGCAUCAGAGAGUUCCUUUUCCAGCAGAUGGGCAUGGUUGUGUGCUUCGUCAAGAUCCACAUCCGGCCAUACAUGGAUGACAUCUUCACACUGAUCCGGGAAUACUGGACUCCAAACAACCCCAUGCAGAACACCAUUAUUUUGCUGAUUGAGCAGAUUGUGGUGGCUCUAGGUGGAGAAUUCAAACUCUAUCUGCCACAGCUCAUCCCACAUAUGCUGCGAGUCUUCAUGCACGAUAACAGCCCUGGACGUAGCGUCACCAUCAAGCUGCUCAUGGCCAUCCAGCUGUUUGGAGCUAACCUGGAUGACUACCUCCACCUACUGCUGCCACCCGUAGUGAAACUGUUCGAUGCCCCUGAUGUCCCCCUGCAGGCCCGCAAGGUUGCCUUGGAGACUUUAGAUCGCCUGACUGAGUCGUUGGACUUCACGGAUUAUGCCUCCAGAAUUAUUCACCCCAUUGUGCGCACUCUCGACGUUACUCCAGAGCUGCGGAACACAUCCAUGGACACAUUGUCCUCACUCGUCUUUCAACUUGGCAAAAAGUACCAGAUCUUUAUCCCUAUGGUGAACAAAGUGAUGUUAAAACACCGCAUCAAUCACCAGCGCUACGAUGUUCUCAUCUGUCGAAUCGUCAAGGGCUAUACUUUGGCAGAAGAGGAAGAGGACCCUCUAAUAUUUCAACAUAGACAAUUACGUGGUAAUCAAAGUGACACUCUGGUUAGUGGCCCGGUCGAAUCGGGACCUAUGAAGAAACUGCAUGUCAGCACAACUGCUCUUCAGAAGGCAUGGGGUGCAGCCAGGAAGGUCUCCAAAGAUGACUGGCUGGAGUGGUUAAGACGUCUUAGUGUGGUCUUGCUAAAAGAAUCAUCUUCACCUGCCCUGCGCUCCUGCUGGUCUCUAGCGCAGACAUAUAUACCACUCGCUAGGGAUCUUUUUAAUGCUGCAUUCUUAUCAUGCUGGUCUGAGCUCAGUGAAGAUCAGCAGGAUGAACUGAUACGCAGUAUUGAGCUUGCUCUGACUUCUCAAGAUAUCGCUGAGGUCACACAGACACUGCUUAAUCUUGCAGAAUUCAUGGAGCACAGUGAUAAGGGCCCACUUCCCUUGAGAGAUGACAAUGGAAUUGUUCUGCUGGGGGAGAGAGCUGCUAAAUGUCGGGCCUAUGCCAAGGCCCUGCACUACAAAGAACUUGAGUUUCAAAAGGGUCCUUCACCACUCAUUUUAGAAUCCCUCAUCAGCAUCAAUAAUAAGCUCCAGCAGCCAGAGGCAGCAUCAGGAGUACUGGAGUAUGCCAUGAAACACUUUGGAGAACUGGAGAUCCAGGCCACCUGGUAUGAGAAACUUCAUGAGUGGGAAGAUGCUCUGGUCGCCUACGAUAAAAAAAUCGACAUGAACAAAGAUGAUCCGGAGCUUAUUCUGGGUCGAAUGAGAUGUCUGGAAGCACUAGGCGAAUGGGGUCAGCUGCACCAGCAGUGCUGUGAGGAAUGGACUUUGGUCAGCGAGGAGACUCAAGCCAAGAUGGCCCGCAUGGCAGCGGCUGCAGCAUGGGGACUGGGCCACUGGGACAGUAUGGAAGAGUAUACCUGCAUGAUCCCACGAGACACCCAUGAUGGAGCCUUUUACAGGGCAGUGCUUGCUCUACAUCAGGAUCUCUUUUCACUGGCUCAACAGUGCAUUGACAAAGCCAGAGACCUACUGGAUGCUGAGCUCACUGCCAUGGCUGGAGAGAGUUACAGUAGAGCAUAUGGGGCCAUGGUGUCUUGUCAGAUGCUGUCUGAGUUAGAGGAGGUGAUCCAGUAUAAACUGGUUCCUGAGAGGAGGGACAUUAUAAGGGAAACGUGGUGGGAGAGACUGCAGGGUUGUCAGCGUAUUGUGGAGGACUGGCAGAGGAUCUUGAUGGUGCGCUCCCUGGUCAUUAGUCCACAUGAGGACAUGAGAACGUGGUUGAAGUACGCUAGCCUCUGUGGAAAAAGUGGAAGACUAGCACUAGCCCAUAAAACCCUCGUUCUCCUGCUGGGUGUGGAUCCCUCCAAACAGCUCGACCAUCCCCUGCCUACCGCCCACCCUCAUGUCACCUACGCUUAUAUGAAGUACAUGUGGAAGAGCACUCGCAAGAUCGAUGCAUUCCAGCAUAUGCAGCACUUUGUGCAGGGGAUGCAGCAGCAAGCACAACACGCUAUUGCAGCAGAAGACCAGCAGCACAAACUGGAGCUGCACAAACUGAUGGCACGGUGUUUUCUAAAGCUGGGGGAGUGGCAGCUCAGCCUUCAGGGUAUCAAUGAAAGUACCAUCCCUAAAGUGUUACAGUAUUACAGUCACUCAACAGAGCACGAUCGCAACUGGUACAAGGCCUGGCAUGCUUGGGCAGUAAUGAACUUUGAGGCUGUGCUUCACUACAAGCACCAGAACCAGGGCCGUGAUGAGAAGAAGAAACUACGACACGCAAGCGGUGCAAGUGCCAACAGCGAAGCCAGUAACAGUGACAGUGAGGCCGACAGCACAGAGCACAGCCCUGUACCCUCCCCUGGACAGAAGAAAGUCAAUGAGGACUUGUCCAAGACUCUCCUUCUGUACACAGUGCCUGCAGUGCAGGGAUUUUUCAGAUCUAUCUCACUCUCACGUGGAAAUAACUUACAGGACACACUAAGAGUCCCUGACCUUAUGGUUUUGAUUAUGGGCCACUGGCCCGAGGUGAAUGAAGCUCUAGUCGAGGGUAUUAAGACCAUUAAGAUAGACACAUGGUUACAGGUGAUUCCUCAACUAAUAGCACGGAUCGAUACCCCACGUGCACUGGUGGGACGUCUUAUUCAUCAGCUACUCACUGACAUUGGCCGCUACCACCCCCAGGCUUUGAUUUAUCCUCUGACUGUGGCCUCCAAAUCCACCACCACUGCCCGCCACAACGCAGCCAACAAGAUCUUGAAGAACAUAUUCAAUGUUAAAAAUGGCAUUGUAAGUGAGGAGCUGAUCAGGGUUGCUAUUCUGUGGCAUGAAAUGUGGCACGAGGGGCUGGAGGAGGCGUCACGUCUGUACUUUGGAGAGAGGAAUGUCAAAGGAAUGUUUGCCGUCCUGGAGCCCCUUCAUGCCAUGAUGGAGAGAGGGCCACAAACUCUGAAAGAAACAUCCUUCAAUCAGGCUUAUGGCCGAGACCUGAUGGAGGCGCAGGACUGGUGCAGAAAGUACAUGCGAUCAGGUAACGUGAAGGACCUGACGCAGGCCUGGGACCUGUACUACCAUGUGUUCCGCAGGAUCUCCAAACAGCUGCCACAGCUUACUUCACUAGAGCUUCAGUACGUCUCACCUAAACUACUUAUGUGUCGUGAUCUGGAGUUGGCCGUGCCUGGAACAUAUGACCCCAAUCAGCCAAUCAUACGUAUUCAGUCUAUUGCUCCCUCAUUGCAGGUCAUCACCUCCAAACAGCGGCCACGCAAACUCACAAUCAUGGGUAGUAACGGUCAUGAAUUCAUGUUCUUGCUGAAGGGUCAUGAGGAUCUACGGCAAGACGAGAGGGUCAUGCAGCUUUUUGGCUUAGUGAACACUCUACUGGCUAAUGACCCAGCCUCCCUGCGCAAGAAUCUGAGUAUUCAGCGCUAUGCUGUGAUCCCACUCUCCACCAACUCUGGUCUGAUCGGCUGGGUUCCUCACUGUGACACGCUGCACGCACUGAUUCGAGACUACCGAGAGAAGAAGAAGAUCCUACUCAACAUUGAACAUCGCAUCAUGCUUAGGAUGGCACCUGACUAUGAUCACUUGACUCUCAUGGAGAAGGUAGAGGUGUUUGAGCAUGCAGUGAACAAUACAGCGGGAGAUGACCUGGCCAAACUGCUCUGGCUUAAGAGUCCCAGCUCAGAGGUUUGGUUUGAUAGGAGGACCAACUACACCCGCUCACUAGCUGUCAUGUCCAUGGUUGGCUAUAUCUUAGGGCUUGGGGACAGACAUCCUUCCAAUCUGAUGUUGGACAGGCUCAGUGGAAAGAUACUGCAUAUUGAUUUUGGGGAUAUAUUUAAGGUUGCAAUGACCAGAGAAAAAUUCCCCUGAGAAAAUACCUUUUUAGAUUAACCCUGAUGUUAAACCAAUGCCAUGGAGGUGACUGGACUGGAUGGUAACUACCGGAUUACAUGUCACACGGUGAUGGAGGUACUUCGUGAACACAGGGACAGUGUCAUGGCUGUGCUGGAGGCCUUUGUCUAUGAUCCAUUACUCAGCUGGGCUUAUGGACGACUGCUGGAUAAUAUGCUUGAAAUGCUUGAUGUGGACAAAAUCUGUGUCCUUCUGGAGUUUGGCAUAGAGGAGGUCCACAUGUGUUUAUCAAGUAACUGGGUGUUUCUUUUCCCUCGUACAGCAAACACUAAAGGAAACAAGCGCUCCAGGACAAGAACUGACUCCUACACUGCAGGACAGUCUGUCGAAGCCAUGGAGGGUAUUGACCUGGGAGAAACAACCCACAAAAAGCCUGGAACUACAGUGCCUGAGUCAAUUCACUCCUUCAUUGGAGAUGGCCUUGUGCAACCUGAAGCCUUGAACAAGAAAGCCAUCCAAAUUAUCAACAGGGUGCGGGACAAGCUAACUGGUGAACUUUCCCACGAUGAGACCCUGGAUGUACCAACUCAAGUGGAGCUGCUCAUCAAACAAGCUACUUCGCAUGAAAACUUGUGCCAAUGUUACAUUGGAUGGUGCCCUUUUUGGUAGAGCUUCUUAUUGUUCCCGCUUUCUUUUUCUGUAUUUUACUGUAAAAUUCCCCUGUGAUGGUGAUAUAAACACAGAGUUUGAAACUCAAGUUGAUUUG